UCCUUUACGUCACGGGCAAGGAUCGAAAAAGAUGGCCGCCCUCGUAGGUCGGUCCGGUCGUUUCGGGCAAAUUGUACGGUACCAGCUAAAGGCUCCACUGAUCACAUCAUGCCGAUCAGCCCACUGGAACAAGGACUGGUGCCCCAAGCCGGCUCCACAGACGGAGGAAGAGAUAAGAGCGGCCGCCAAGAAGUACAGGAUGCUGCCCGAGGACUACAAGGUGCGUGACAAGAGUGAGGGCCUCACCUGGGGCGACUACCCCAAGAUUCCCACGGUCCCGGCAGGAAGCAGGGACCCCGAGGAGGACUACGACUUUCCCUACUUGAGGCGGAAUUACGGCGAGCCGAUUAACAUCUACAUGGAUGCGUACACCCUCGAAAGACUAGACUUGCCCAGGCAACGCACUCCAAUGUGGAAGCAGAUAGCCAUGUUUCUGGGCACAGUGGUUGGCUUGUGGUACCUCAGCAACCUCUUCAACCGCCCACAGUUAAAGAUCGGUGUAGACCUGGGUCCACCACAACUGCCAAACGAUGGAGUCGUCCACUAUACCUUUGAUCCAGUGGAGUAGAGUUGUCGAUGUGCAGGUUCGCUGCAGUUCGAACAUUAAAGAUAGGUUAUCCAUU